CACACAUAUAGAUCGCCCCAAAACGAGAAGUUGUCUCUCAAGUAACCGAUGUCAUGUGAUUAUUUACAGUUAAACACCUAUACACAGGUUUUAUUAAAAGCAGCAAUCUCUUGGAUUUACCUUUGGAAAUUAAUACGAGCCGAUCACUAACACAAACUACAGACCACGUUACGGCGGAGAAAUCCCCUUUGAACCCGUCUCGAGUGGCAAUACAAGUCGACGAUACAAUCAUUUCACAGCAGUGUUCACAUGAAGCACUUGCUGAAACUAGUGAAAAAGUGAAAGGGAUAACAGUGUACAGUGGUGAAACCCCUAAUUGACUCACAUGUGGGUCUCAGGGGCUGGUGCGAUGGCCCGGCUCGUGGGCCUGACCCUCCUGCUAUGGGGGACGGGCUCUUACGGACUAUCGAUGGACGGUCAACACCCGCCAAGGUGUGAACCUAUUACUAUACCUAUGUGUAAAGAUAUGAAAUAUAACACAACACGAAUGCCAAAUCUUGUGGGACAUGUGAAUCAAAAAGAUGCUGCCAUACAGGUUCACGAGUUCCUACCUUUAGUUCAGAUCGGGUGUUCACGCUUGUUAAAGUUUUUUCUGUGUUCUCUGUAUGCACCGAUGUGUACCGAACUUGUGGAUGAGACAAUCAUUAUACCAGCGUGUAAAUCAAUGUGUUUGGAAGUUAAGUCAAAGUGUGAACCCAUACUACAGAGGUUUGACUUUCCGUGGCCUAACAUUUUAUCAUGCGACAAGUUACCGGAAAAAAGUGACCCCAAGGAUAAACUGUGCAUGGAGGCACCGAAUGUUACAGAAGAACCGGAUUAUAACGCAGGGACAAACUCUAAUAAAUGGGAGAUUAACAAAGACUGGUGGAAAUUUAACAAUGAACUCAGUGAUAGAGCCCCGACAACACCUUCUAGACCCAAAAAACACAAGAAGAAAAAUGCGAAGAAAUGUCCGGAGAGAUUUGUCCACGUGGAUACGAUCCAGGGUAACAAUUCCUGUGCUCCGAGGUGUGAUAUUGACGUUUAUUUCCGAAAAGUUGAUAAAAAUUUCGCAGAAACGUGGAUGAUAGUUUGGGCUUCGCUGUGUUGUUUAUCGACAACAAUCACCGUUUUGACGUUUGUCAUAGACACAACAAGAUUCAAAUAUCCAGAGAGACCCAUCAUUUUUCUAUCAAUGUGCUAUGCCAUAUACUCGGUUGCCUAUAUUAUACGUGCAGUGACCGGUCCUCAAGUUAUAUCUUGUGAUAAGGACAGUGAAGAUAAUAAGUUCCUGAUACAAGAAGGCUUGGAGAGUACUUGGUGUAUUAUCGUUUUUCUCAUUCUUUAUUUCUUCGGAAUGGCUAGUUCCAUUUGGUGGGUUAUUUUAACAGUGACGUGGUUUUUGGCAGCCGCCCGUAAAUGGGGACAAGAAGCUAUAGACGCCCUGAGUAGUUAUUUUCACCUGGCGGCAUGGGCUAUUCCAGCUAUCAAAACAAUUAUUAUUCUAACGAUGCGUCGAGUGGACGGCGAUGAGCUGACAGGCCUGUGUUAUGUGGGCAAUCAGGACAUUGGAGCAUUAACUGGUUUUGUGUUAAGUCCUUUAAUUGUAUAUUUAUUUAUCGGCUCCGUGUUUUUGUUAUCGGGUUUCGCCGCUUUACUUCGUAUUAGAAACGAUUUGAAACAGGAUGGUACCAACAUCCGAAAACUUGAAAAACUUAUGGCCAAAAUUGGCAUUUUUUCUGUGCUAUAUACAGUGCCUGCAACUUGUGUGAUAGGGUGUUAUUUUUAUGAACGUAUUAACCACGAAAAGUGGCGACAUCAGGCCAUGACUCGGCCAUGUAUUAAUCAAGACGAUUGUCACCUCGAGUAUUCAGUACCUACCGUGGAGGUUUACAUGCUAAAGAUCUUUAUGUCUCUUGUAGUGGGUAUUACCAGUGGAAUGUGGAUAUGGAGUUCUAAGACUGUCAGCUCCUGGAAACAAUUCUUCUCUAAUCGAUUCUCGAGACGAAAAUCUAAUUAUUCAUCAGGCUAUCAACAGGCGCCGGUCAUCAUGAUGAAAUCACAGCACGGACAAAAAUAUUUACAAAAAGUUGCAGGCUCCCGUGUGUGACAGUCGCUUUACUGAGAAAAGUGUCGUGUUUGUUUAACGCCCUAGUCCUUCUUAGCCCGAUAUUGAGUCGAGACUUAGCCGUUUACAAACCUAAUGAAAACGGAUACUCUGAAUGGUAAUAAAUUCGGGUCAAUAAGCGAGUUAGUUAAGUAGAGAGAUUGGAAAGAUUGAUGUGGACUCGAGUGAUGGUGAUAUGUAUCAAAUGAUAGGACGAGCUUAUUAGAUGUAACAAGUAUAAAUUAUACCACCUUACCCUAUCUUUGGCAUAUUAUCGUGCAGUGGCAACCAUUCACCAAAUUAGUGACAACAGUGCACACGAUUCUCCCUAAGAUAUCGUAUAUUUUCUACCUGUGUAGGGUUAUAUCAAUGUUAAAUAAACCCAAUAGAGCUUCAACAAUAUGAUUGAAAAGUAUUGAGGCGGAAGGUAAAGGGAGAGACUUUCUAUAUUGUGGUGUCUAUCUCUCUAACUCUAUAAGUCACAAAUAUUCAGGGAUAAUAUUGAAAAACUUAUCACCAGACUCGUGUUAAACAACUUUUCAAAAGGGGCAAAUUGGGGGGAAAUUUGAGUCUUGUUAAUUUGACUUGGACUUGAUACGCCCAAUUGCCAGAGGAGAUUUCUAUUCUUUUUUUUUAUAUAUUCUUUCAUUUAAAAGGGUGCAUUUUUGUUAAAGAGCCAUUUGUUACUAAGAAUGUAUUCUCUGUUUAUUUGAGAGUAUUUGAGACAGCUACAGACAUUGAACAUGUGCUAGAUAUCGACUGAGAUGUAGCUGGCAGUCGGAAGGUUUUUACUCGAGGUGUGAACUUUACUGUGUAUCUCUGGGGAGCACAUCACCGUUUGUUAUAGAGAAAUACCGCCCUUUUCUCUCUUGUUAAAAUAUUUCUUUAUAUAUAUGAUAUAUAUAUAUAUAUAAUCUUGUUAUAUGCAUCAGUCAUAUUGUAUUUAAUUACACCAGAAAAUAACAUUUUCUCACAAAA